AUACAUGCAUACGAACACGGUUGCGUUUCAUUGAUAUCAGAUGACAUUUGACGGUGGUUGGGCACGAUCGGUCGACAUUCGACAUUGCAGAACGUUGUUAAAAGGCACCGCGAGACGAGACGUGCGUGUGCAAGAAUUUUCCUAGCAUCAAUAUCGACAGGAAAAGGAGCGAUCGUCCAUCUCCGUCUCCGUCUCCGUCUCCGUCUCUCCGGCGCGGCGACGUAAACGACGACGAGACGGCAAGAAUUUUGAUACGCGCUGUUCCGUACUACGCCAACAGCUGACCUCGGAGUCUCGGAAGGAUGGCAGACGCCGCCGUUAAUCUCAUAAUAAAAGCACCGAAUCAGCAGAUCAAGGACCAGCUGGUCAAAUGCGAUCUCGGCUGGACCAUUGGCCGUUUGAAGGAAUACCUGUCCGAGGUUUAUCCCAGCAAGCCAGAAAGCUCACAUCAGAAAUUAAUUUAUUCCGGUCACGUGUUAAAUGAUUCUGCACAAUUGAAAGAUAUAUUGAGACAGUGCGAUGGUUCGGAGGAUCAAGCGUAUACCGUUCAUCUAGUCUGUACCCCACAAAAAAUGUGUGCCGCGAAAGCUAUGGAUCAGACGCGAUCGACUGAUAACACGGUGGCGACUGCGUCUGCAACAAGACACACUCAGAUCAGAAGUAACACGGUUCAAAAUCAAAGUCACGAGACGGCUACGGUUACUGCGUCUCAGCAUCAACAAUAUUUACAGCAGCAGUACCUCGAUCCUCGAAAUAGUCAACAGUUAGCCUGGAUGCAACAGGCGUAUACGCACUACUUUACACAGUAUAUGCAACUAAUGGCAGCGCAAGGAAUACAGUUACAAGCCAGUAUUCCAUACCUGCAGCAAAUGAAUAUUAAUACAAACGAUACAGCUCAACAUACCUACACAACCAACACGAACAACACGGUUGGCGACGAACAACCCCAACCAGCGGCUCAAGACGCAGCCGAUAUCAAUGCGGGAAAUAACGGUGCGGGCGAGGAUGCCGCGUUUAAUCGCGACUGGUUGGAUUUCUUUUACAUGUUGUCUAGGAUCGUCGUUCUAUUUGGUAUAGUGUAUUUCUAUUCGUCCCCUCUCAGGCUCCUCAUCGUCACGUUUUUGGGAUUUGCGAUAUAUCUGUAUCAAGGCGGUUUCUUCAGGGUACAACCAAUCUUCGUAGCUGAGAAUAACAAUGGACGCGCAGACAACAAUAAUCAAGUGUUGCAGAAUGAAGUAGUGGGUCCUCAGGCUGUGCCGCAACAGCAAAAUGCUCAAGUGCCAACCGUGCAACCGGAAGCACGAACAAACGCCAAUGAGGAGAACGAGGAACAACGACCAGGCGCUCUCGCUUUUACGUGGACCUUCUUCAGUUCGUUUUUUGCUUCGCUUAUUCCAGAUCAGCCAAAUGUCAUUUAAUCCCGGAUAUUCCGUUAUAAAAUGGCUUUUUUAUAAGCCUAUACGUAUUUUAAAGCUCUAUAAUUAUAAUAUAAAGACUGGAAAGGAUGACUUUGUCACGGUGUUACCGGACUUUGAAAAUAUUUAACAUUUUGUAGAGUCAGAAGUGCUUAAACUCACGAUUCAUUCAAUACAUGUAUUCCUAUGAAAGUCUGAUCAAUUUUACGAUACCCAAGGAUUUUUGUAUCUGAAUAUAUCUCUAAUAUAUAUAAAUGUUCACAUAUGUGUUAAUAAUCAACAUACGCUUAAGAUUGAUGACACGUAUCGUGGAAAUCCACGUUUACAUGUAAAGAUUAUAUAUGUGUAUCAGUUUACGUUGUCGAGAGACUCGCACGUCACGAAAUAAACCAACAGUCACGUAAGAUCUAUAGAUAUUAAUGCUAACUUUCCUUCGGAAGAAGAUCGUUAGACGUGCCAUCCCAAAGCUAUUAGAAUAAAAUGUAUAAAAAAAAUUUUUUUAUGUUUGUAGAGUAUUAAUAUAUAAAGGUACAACGAGAGAUAAAUAAUCAUGUAUAUACAUAUAUCUAAAAAUAAAAAAUAUAGGUUCCAUGUAGUGCUUGUAUUGUAUAAAGCUAUAUUUAAGGAGAUAAUAAUAGGCACUUGAUAAUUUUCUUAAAGAAUUCAUAUAUAUAGCAAUAAUAUUAUAUUGUGUGAGAAUACGUUUCCUGUGAUGUUUAAUACGGUCGAAUACAUCCGGUGUGAUAUCUGCGUAAAACAUCGCGUUAACGUCAUACAUAUAUAAUUAUUAUUGAUAUACAUUCAAGGUGGAAACACAUUAUAGUGGACGUGUGAACGUUCUCUAAAUUUUCUUAAAUAGAGAAAGAAAGACGUCUAUAUACGAAGAGCGCCGAUGAAAUAAAGAUGUAUGUAAAGCAAAUAAAACAAUUUUUAAAGUU